AUGCCGAUCGAGAUCCGCCUCCAGAUCUACGCCUUCAUCUUCGCCUCUUCCAAACACAUCACAAUCUCCAAGGAUCACGCGAUCCCACCCAAACGAUAUCCGCCUCUCCUCCCCACCUGCAAGAAACUUCACAACGAGGCCUACCAGGAGUUUCUCGCCCACAUCGCUUUUGGCGCAAACUCCACCAAGGAAGCAAGCUCCUGGCUCCGAAACCUCCCACAGCAAUAUGUGACCAAGAUCCGCCAACUCCGCAUCGCCAGUAUCAAGGGAAUCCAAUCACCACUAGAUCGCCAUUGGAAUCCAUCUCAUCGUUGCCAGGUGCGCCAUGUAGGUCGAGGUGGCGCGCGAGGUACAGUCACUACACUUUGGGGACCGUUGUCCUCCUCUCCACCAACCUCGUCAAAUCAUGUCGCGGAGUGGCGUCAAAAUCUGAUCGAUGAGAUCCGAGGCUUCACAAAGACCUUGGCGCGUUAUGGACUGCCGUCGAGUGCUGUGCUUGUUGCGCUCCCGAUGCCGCCGCUAGAUGGACGUGCGGCAUGGGUCGGCAUUGAGGACUUGAUAGAAGGUUUGUGGGAGAAGAAGCAGGUUCUGGAGAUGGUGUGGUUUGUGUCUUGUUCGGUUCAUGCUUCGACUGGGAAUAUUCGGUAA